AAUAAUAUUUCCGAAUCGGGUCUAUCCAGUCCCCUCCAAGGAAAAGCUCUAUAAAUACAAGGAUCUUGCAGGGAAUAGAGAAAUUGUACCAAAUAUUGUGAAGCUUUUGGGGAUAAUAAUUGGUGAAAGAUGGCUCGUACUAAGCAAACUGCUCGUAAGUCUACUGGAGGAAAGGCCCCUAGGAAGCAACUCGCAACCAAGGCUGCUCGCAAGUCCGCUCCAACAACUGGAGGUGUGAAGAAGCCUCAUCGAUACAGACCUGGAACUGUUGCCCUUCGUGAAAUCCGUAAGUAUCAGAAAAGUACUGAACUUUUAAUCAGGAAACUGCCUUUCCAGAGGCUUGUUCGUGAGAUUGCUCAGGAUUUCAAGACAGAUCUGCGUUUCCAAAGCCAUGCAGUGCUGGCACUCCAAGAGGCAGCAGAAGCUUACCUUGUGGGGCUGUUUGAGGACACCAAUCUGUGUGCAAUUCAUGCCAAGCGUGUUACCAUCAUGCCCAAAGACAUUCAGCUUGCUAGGCGUAUCAGAGGGGAGAGGGCUUGAUUUGUCAUCCCAUUUAUGUUUGUGUUGCUUAAAUCUAAAUCUAGAUGUUAUGUUAUGUUUGAUAUUAAGCUUUCUAGUUUGUACCUCCUUAGUGCUAGUAUCAAGUUCUAUUGUUCUUGAGAUUCAUGUUGUUGGAUGAGAUUAAUCGUUUGUUUAGUAUUGUGGUGUUUAUUGAUUUUUCUAUCA